UAAGCUUGAUUGUCAAACAAAAGCGCAAAUCACGAACAAUAAUCUCAAAGCAGACAAUGUCACAAUAACAUGCAGAGAAGAUCACGAGAUGUGCGUGUUCAUCAAUCAUCGUGAAAACUUACAUAGACUACAUAUAUAAAUAAAUCAAAAAAAUAUAUAUAUAUAUAUAUACAUUGAAUCAAAUACGAUGAACAAGGACGAGGAUUUCGGGCCGGAUCGAAGGAUCGAGUUUGAAACCGAUGACGAAGAAAACCAGGCCGAAAGGGAUUGUGAGAACAACGACGACGACGACGACGACACUGAUUCCGAUGGCAUUGUUCCUUCUCCAACCCCUUCAAAUUCUAACAUCAUUGAAACCUUAUGGCCUCAAAGUUUCAGGCAGUCCAUGGAUUUGUACACAAGCCUGACUUCACCCUCUGUUAGCUUAAUAACUGGGACAAGUUUGACGAGAAUAAGCGCCUCCUUCUUGACUUCAUUCCACAAGAAAUCUCAGACUUCAGGGCCUGACUCUUCUGUCAAUAAACCCCUCAUUUCUGUGUCAAGCUUGGACUCGGAAGAAGUGCCUACCUCGUACCUCCCUGAAAAGUUAUCUGCUACUUCCCAUCUGUCAGGGUUUCCUAGUAAUGAAUUGCCUCCCCCACAGCAGCAGUGUUCUUAUGCACAAUCACUUCUUAACGCAAUCAAUGUUCUAUGCGGUAUAGGACUCCUUUCAACUCCUUAUGCACUCAAAGAAGGAGGGUGGUGGGGCCUCAUAAUUCUAUUUAUCCUCUGUAUCAUCACAUGCUAUACUGGAAUUUUGAUGAAGAGGUGUUUAGAAAGCUCUCCUCACCUCCAAACUUACCCGGAUAUUGGACAGGCUGCUUUUGGGAUCCCUGGUCGUGUAUGCUUAGCUAUAAUCUUAUACAUAGAGUUAUAUUCAACUUGCGUGGAGUACUUAAUUAUGAUGAGUGAUAAUCUUUCAGCAUUGUUCCCAAAUGCCCAAAUGAAUUUCUCUGGGAUUCAUCUUGAUUCUUAUCAACUCUGCACGAUCAUAUCGACUCUUUUCAUUCUUCCAACUGUUUGGCUUCGAAACCUUAGCUUGCUAUCAUAUGUUUCAGUUGGAGGAGUGCUUACAGCUGUGCUGGUGUCACUUUGCUUAUUAUGGGUUGGGGUGGUUGACCAAGUCGGGUUUCAUCCAAAUGGGACACCUUUUGAAUUUGCAAAGCUUCCUGUCGUAAUUGGUCUUUUUGGCUUCUGCUUUGGAAGCCAUUCAGUUUUUCCAAAUAUCUAUUCUUCCAUGAAGGAACCAUCACAGUUUCCCUCUGUUCUAAUAGCCAGCUUUUUAGCAUCUGGUUUUCUGUAUGCUGGGGUUGGAAUAUGUGGCUUUCUGAUGUUUGGUGACUCGACUAAAUCUCAGUUUACCUUAAACAUGCCCACAAAUUUUGUUGCUACCAAAGUCGCAGGAUGGACCACGGUUGCUUCUCCUGUCACAAAGUAUGCCUUGACAAUUACCCCUGUGGCAUUCAGUCUGGAGGAACUCUUGCCUUCACCUUGGUUUAGAUCUUAUGGAAUGUCAAUACUCAUCAGAACAACUUUAGUGCUCUCAACUUCAGUUGUGGCAUUGACAUUUCCAUACUUUGGAUCCGUGAUGGCUCUCAUUGGAUCUUUCCUUGUUAUGCUUGUAGCUCUAAUUUUCCCUUGUGCAUGCUAUCUCAGCAUUUGCCGUGACAGAUUAACAAAGUUACAGAUUUCGGUUUGCAUUUUUAUAAUCAUUGCAGGAAUUACAUGUGCUAUUGUUGGCACAUAUUCAGCAGUUACAGGUAUAGCUGAUCAGAGGGUAUGAUGACAUCAUGACAGUUAAAGGGCAACCCCGACUCUACUUCUUCACAUAUCUCUUUUUGUACCCAUGCAAGCUUGUGAAAACUCCAUUUCAUACCAAACAACUGAUACAAGCCGUCGAGAAGAUAUAAUCAUCAAAACCUCAGAGGGAAGACUGGCUGGAAAGGGUUUUUUUGUUUUUUUUGUUUUAUGCUUUUGAGCAGAAACAGAAGUUUAUAUUAGAUUAAAGAAAGAGUACAGGAAGUAUUCCGUAUAUUACAUGUUGAUAAUGGAGGCCUUUAAUGGCAAACCUUUUGGCUAAGAUUCAUUCCAUUUUAUUGGAAUAUUUGUAAAUUCUUUUUGAAGAAGGUGAUAAGCAUAUCAGAGUUAUUAUUGAUGCACA